AUGAUAGAUAGAUCUACCCAAACCAAAAUCUAUACGAAAAGCUAUCACUCUGACCUGGUCAAAGUAUUUGCCUAUUCGCAGUCUUAUGUAGAGGAGGAAAUGGUCAGAGGAGGAAUCAUCAUGCUUCCUUAUUUGGUUGUUGGCUUCGCAAUUAUGUGUUUCUGCAGUAUAGUAUCGGUAAUGAUUCGAGCGUUGUACAUGCACCAAGAAAACUGGUACAAGACAGCUUUGGCAAUAAUGGCCUGUCUCACACCUCUUCUUGCGUGUUCCACGGCUCUAGCCGGAAUGUUCGUUUGUGGAGUACGAUUUGCUUCGAUUUUAUGCGUCAUUCCAUUCUUGGUGCUUUCCAUCGGUGUGGACUCCUCGUAUCUGAUGAUUCAUGAAUGGCAAAGAGUCACAGAACAUAUGCGAGAAGAAAUACCGAGGAAAAAGGAUAGCGUGGGACAUCGGAUGAGCGAAGUGCUUUCCGAGGUCGGUCCCGCCAUCCUUAUCUCAUGCUUAACCAAUGUUUUUGCUGAUUUUGUUGGUUCAUAUACUUCUUCGCCGGAAAUCACACUUUUGUGCUCUGGAAACAUGCUUUCCAUGGUGCUGGCAUUUAUUUACCAGAUGACAUUUUAUGCUGGCCUGAUGUGCAUCGUAGGUCGGUAUGAAAUCUGUGAGGACGAAGAGGAGAAAAAUAAAACGGAAAUCAACAUCGCCGAUAACAAAGUGAAUAUUGCUCGACAUCAUCGUCCUCUUACUGUAAGUUACUUCAAAUCAGGUUUGGAUUGCUUGAUGAGCAAAAAUGAAGUUUUGGCGCAAUUAAUGUAGAU